GUGUGUGUUUAAGAGUGUUUGUGGUGGGUUGUUGUCUGUCUCAUCCUGGUCAUUAUUACACACUCUUGCCAGCCACAAUAAUAACAAAAUCACAAUUAUUAGGCAUGAUGGUUUAAUUAUAAGUGAGCUGGUGAGGUGGCAAGUUAGUCAGCUAUGGCUGGUCAACUGUAGGAAAGUUAUGCUGGAGGAUGUUGAUAUAUAACACUCGUAUACUUGAUGUCUGUCAAGUAGUACAGGUGGACGUAGCGAGGAGGGUGUGAGAGUGGGUGAAGGUGUGCAGGAAGCCAUGACGGGGCUCAGACAGAGGCUGCUGGUGGAGGGAUGGAGUGGGACCUGGGACCGCAUGUCUCGUACCAAGAAGGUUGCUACUGAUGCUAUGGACACCCCACUCAAUAGAUGUCUCUCAACACUCGACAUUACACUCUUAGGAAUUGGGCACAUGGUAGGGGCAGGAAUUUACGUUUUGACUGGAACAGUGGCUAAAGACACAGCCGGACCUGCCAUCGUUCUCUCAUUCCUCUUGGCCGGGUUUGCAUCUUUCUUGUCUGCCCUGUGCUAUGCAGAGUUCGGUGCCAGAGUGCCCAAGGCCGGGUCUGCCUAUGUAUAUACCUAUGUCACCAUCGGCGAGUUCUGGGCUUUUGUCAUUGGCUGGAAUAUUAUCUUGGAACAUAUGAUUGGUGCGGCAUCAGUUUCUCGGGCAUGGUCAGGCUACUUGGACUCCCUCUUCGAUGGUGCUCUGAGCAACGCUACAAUAACAUCAGUGGGGGAGAUGCAUUCUGAGUUCCUUGCACCUUACCCAGACUUCUUAGCCUUUGCCGUGACGCUCGUCUACUGUGCUUUUCUCACCAUGGGUGUCAAGGGCUCAGCUUACUUUAAUUCUGUCUUUACUCUCAUUAACCUUUGUGUUAUAACAUUCGUUAUAGCCGUAGGUAUGUCAUACGCAGACAUCGCAAACUGGAAUUUAGAGGGUGGGUUUAUACCCUUUGGGUUUUCUGGUGUAAUAUCUGGAGCUGCUACUUGUUUCUAUGCCUUUGUUGGUUUUGAUAGUAUAGCCACAGCAGGUGAAGAGGCAAGGGAUCCAGCACGGUCUAUUCCUCGGGCCACAUUAGUGUCUAUGAGUGUAGUGACUGUAGGAUAUGUCAUGGUUGGCGCUACACUCACUCUCAUGGUACCAUACUACACCCUUAACCCUGCUGCUGCUCUCCCUGAUGCGUUUGCCUCUCAUGGUGCUAAGUGGGCCAAGUACGUAGUGAGUGUGGGUGCCAUUUGUGGUAUGACCACCACACUCUUUGGCUCUCUCUUCAGUCUACCACGCUGUGUGUACGCUAUGGCUGCGGAUGGUCUCCUGUUCUCCUGGCUAGCUCGGGUCUCGGAUAAAACUAAGGUACCCAUCAUCACGCUUAUUCUGUGCGGUAUUCUCUCCGCAUUCAUCGCUUUGUUUUUUGACAUUGAGAAACUAGUGGAAUUCAUGAGCAUUGGCACCCUUAUGGCAUACACAAUUGUCAGCGCCUCUGUCAUCAUCCUGCGCUACCAACCUGCAUCCAGGUGUAAUAUAAAGAGCCCCUCCCACACUCAGGCCACCACUCCAACACCUGGAGCUCUGCCUACUCCAACAACUCCUAUGGAUGAAAUGAUCAAGGGUGACGAAGGUGGUGAGCUGAGGUCAUCCUGCCGAUGGUUGAUACGAGUGUUGGGGAAGCGAGAGGCUGGGUCUGUGGUGGCCUGGGCAGUAGUUAUCUUCACAACAUGCAGUUCUGCUCUCAGUACUCUACUACAGUUUGGCGGAAACUUCCUCACUAUGCCAUAUCCUUCACCUUGGGCUAUUAUAAUUGCUGUUAUGCUAGUUUUUAUAUUGGCCAUCAGUGUGGUGGUGAUUGUAGCUCACCGUCAGAACCAGAUAGCACUGAGCUUCAGUGUACCUCUUGUGCCUCUAGUUCCUCUCAUCUCCAUCUUCUUCAAUGUUGGUCUCAUGGUCCACCUCAACCCCAUGACUUGGAUCCGCUUCAUUGUAUGGAUGGUCAUAGGUCUCCUGGUAUACUUCAUAUAUGGUCAGCAUCACUCGCGUGAGGGGGAACCAAUCAGCAGCUACUCCACUUUGUUAACUGAACCCACACCUGCCGGUAAUACCGUGUUUGGUGCUGUUCAGCACACACUUUCUCACGUCACUUCUAAGAUUACUUCUGCUACAGCCGAGGACAAAAUUCCCAUUGUUGAUGAGGAAGUAGUGGGAGACAGGGAUUUGUAACUUGCAACAGCACAGUCUUUUUCAGUUCUCUUAUAGAUGUGAAUUCAUGAAACUUUAUGAAGCAGGAAAAUAUAAUUUUAUAAGAUGUUCUUAUCAUGAUUAUAUAUGAAGCUCAUGUUAGGACUUGACUGCCAAAAAUAUAUAGCCAAAAAUGUGUUAGGAUUAAUUGUUAAUUAAGAGACAGUGAUGAGCAUAAUAAUUAUUCAUUCUCUGUAAAAUAAUUUAUAAUAAAUUUAAGAAGAUCGUAAAAAUAAAUAAUGAAACAUUUAAAUAUGAAGGCAGGAAAAUAUAUUGUGUAUAAAAAUUGCUAACCAUGUACCUGUACUGUAGGUAUUUGACUCAUGUUUUCAUAAUUAACAGAUGUUUACUUGUUAUAGAUUCUUUUCAGAAAUUUGCAAUUCUGUACUAAUAUUAAUAUUUGUAACCGUAGUGGUGUAAUAAUAUCAUUAAUUUUGGUCCCAUAGUGUGUGUAGUCCCAUUAUUUUAUGUGACAUUAUCAUUUCAAGAAAUAUUGUAUAUCAGAUUCAUGUAUUACACAAAGAACUGAAGAAGCUAAACCAUCUAAA